GAAUGAAAGAGCCUAACUUUAUCGUAAACAACUCAACUGUGCCUUAAAACUGAAUUUUAUAUGAUUUGAAGAUAAUUUUUUGUUUUCCAUAUUUCAAAUAUUGUUUUUAUAAUGCAACGACUAUCGUUUUGUUAUUUAAAUUAAACAUUCCAAUAUGUGUCUUUUUAUAUUUGUUCUUAAACGUUUUCGAACAAACAGUAUUUAAUUGUCGAGGGUGUAAACAUGAAUUAGUAAUCAUAUUACUUACUAAUAAUAAAAAUUGUUUACUAUUUUUUUAUUUUUAUAAAAUAUUUAAGAAUCUGUUUUACGAUUUUGAGAGUGUAUUUUUAAACAAUGAAUCUUUACCAAAUGUUUUUAUAAGAAAAUCCUUCAAUGGCUAGUGACAACGAAAAAAGUUUGAGUAAUUACAACAAUUCGGAUGGUUCUUUAAAGAGUAAUAAGAAGAAAAACAACGGUGGAUAUACUGGUGACAGUGGAGAUAAAUUAAACCUGGGUGCACAACAUUCCAUUGGCAAAGGAGGGCGACAUCUAUCUGUACCUUUUGACUCUGCAGCUGCAAAUGGUGAUAUAAUAAAAAAACAGAAUGGUUCGGCCGUACGUACCAAUAGCCUGGGUUCCGGCGCGCGCACACCGCCCGCGGAACGAACCAAGUCCAAGUUCUCAGCGUUCGGUAGACUAUUCAAGCCGUGGAAGUGGAAACGGAAAAAGAAGUCCGAAAAGUUCGAAGCAGCUUCUAGAACCUUAGAAAGGAAGAUAUCCGUCCGAGCGAAUAGAGAUGAGUUAGUUCAAAAAGGAAUUCUUCUUCCGGAGAGUCCGGUAACCCCAGUACCCGAAGACAAUGAGGAAUCCCCCACGUACGGCGGUGAAGAAACGCGAAAUGAGCGUGAUGGUAUCCCGGAGCGCGGUGCCAUGCACGCGGCGCUACAGGCGCAACUCGCAUCACAGCUGGCUCAGCAGCAGGCCGCGCUCGCUGCUGCCGUCGCCGCAGCCGCAGCCGCUGCCGCGCACCACCAUCAUCAGAACAACAACGUUAUCGAACCAAAGAAAGAUAAAUUGGAGAAUGGCGGCGAAUUAGUGAGACCUGAGAGACCGAACUCUUUGAGCGCGGGCAAGCUCCCGAGGCGGAUAUGCUAUCAAGGCGACGUGGGGUAUGGCGGCAUGGGUGGCGUGGGUGGAGGCAGCGAGGGCGACGUCAGCGCGGAGGAGCAGCUGAUGCUGUCGGAACUACCGGAACCGCCCAUCGCGCUCUCGGAGAUCGGGCCCAUCCCGCCACCACCCAUGUUCAGCUCGCCCAGUCCCACGCGACACCACCACACGCAUCAGCUUACGAACACACAGUCCGAUUCCGAAGAGGAAGACUCGCAGGAGGAGGAGGAGACGGAUGCGGGCGCGGCGGACACGUCACGCGUGGAGGAGAUCCCGCCGAAGGAGCCGCUGUUCAACGCCGUGCCGCUGAAGUCAGCGCUCAAGAAGCGGCCCGCGCCCGCCGCGUCGCCCGCCGGCACGCCGCUCGCCACGCCGCUCGCGCCGCGCCAGGACCACCACCACGCCAGCUUUAAGCGACCGCCGCCCAAGCCGAGGAUCCGCAUAUGUACAAAGAGCUAUCGGAGUAAUAACGGCAGUCGCACCCUCGACAGCAGCCGGCCGGUGCGCGUGGGCAACACGCUGGAGAACAAGGAGAACGCGCGGCCGUGGGAGGGCGCGGCCGAGUACCGCGACGAGUACUCCAGCGAGUCGGAGCGCGUGGCCGCCAAGCUCGCGCGCAAGGAGAGCCUCAACAUCAAGCUGGCGCUGCGGCCCGACCGCCAGGAGCUCAUCAACAGGAACAUCCUGGUGGUGCAGAGCGAACACGAGAGGCAGGAGUCGUGGGAAGCGAUUGGAGCGCGUCUCAUCCGCCGCCUGUCUAUGCGCCCCACCGCCGAGGAGCUCGUCGAAAGAAACAUACUCAAAAGUCAGUCCCCCGCGGAAGAGAAGAAGCAGAAAGAGGAAAAGAAACGAUACCUAUUGCGCAAGCUUAGCUUCCGGCCGACGGUAGAUGAACUUAAAGAGAAGAAAAUCAUCAGAUUCAGUGACUACAUUGAAGUCACACAGGCGCACGACUACGACCGUCGCGCGGACAAGCCGUGGACACGACUGACGCCGCGCGACAAGGCCGCCAUACGACGAGAGCUCAACGAGUUCAAGAGCUCCGAGAUGGCCGUGCACGAGGAUAGCAAGCACCUCACCAGGUUCCAUAGACCAUGACGGCUGUGCCCGUGUUCUCGAGCCAGCGGCGUGCCUGUGAUCCUAUCUAUAUAUAUUGACUUCUUCCGACCCGAGGAAGAUACGUAUGCAAUAACCUACCAGGACGAACGGUAAAGUGUUAAAUAUUCUAAAGUCGCGUGUAAGCCGUGCGUGGUGAGAAGAUCUCGUCUUCUUCGUUCUCGUCGAGUACGAUUUAUAUUUAGUUCGCGUAUCCUAAGCGUACCUAUACAUUCUUUGAAUUGACCUUCGCGAAAGGUUAGUGAUACUGGUUACUGUGGUUGGAGAUUGAGUUUUUGAAGCUCGGAGAUGUUUACGAGUUGUAUUGAAAUGUGAGACGUAUCCGAUUUAGAAAUUAUGUAGAAUUGUGAUUUUUAUUUGUCUUAUAUUGCUAGCUUUUAACUAAGUAGUCGUUAAGCUAGAUUCGAUUUUUAUCGUAUUUAUUUCUUGCAGUCGUUUUUGGUCACAACUUGAAUUUAUUAAUUCCUAUAAGGCGUAUGCACUGAGUUUGUGGCGUAGCUGUAACGUCGACAUUUUAAAAUUAAUCGGCAUAUAUAAUAUCUCGUAACCUAAUGAUGUGCAGUAACUGCCACAUUUUUUUUUUUCUAGAGCAUAUACUAUUAUUUCAAACUUAAAUUAAAUUGUAGCUAGUACCUAUUUAAAUUCAACUUGGAACGCGUACGCACUUAUUUUCAACUAAUAAUUUAUUUUUAUAAAUCUAAACAACCAUUAUUAUUUUAAUUUAAUAUUAAAGACUAAACAUCCACCAGUUAUACUUUAGCAUACUUAUGUAUUUACGUAUUUUAGCACUUAAAUUAACCUUAUCUAAAUAACUCAAUAGAUUUUUAUAUAAACUGUUGUUUACGAUGUAUCAUACAUAAGAUAAUAAUUAAUUUUGUAAUACAACUACUGUCAUUAUAUCUUUAUAUUUUUAAUUACUGACUUGAUCACAAUAUUCGGUUACAUAAAUUGUUUUUUUUUUUUUAUUAAAUUGGUUAUUAUAUUUUUUCGUUAUUUAAAUUCGGAUAAUAAUAAUUAUUUAUUGAUUAGUACAGGGAGAUACUUUAUAAAAAUACAAUGGAAAAUUGCUGCUAUAGUUAUGAACGAGUCUCGAAAUGAUAAUUCGGAAAAGUUGUAUGUCAAUCGAGCCUACCUAUACGACUAGUGCGGAAGUAAUAAUCACACGGAAAUUGACAUUUUAAUAAAAUAAUUUAUAUCGAAAAUAUUGUAACUGUUAAAUUAAAUUAAAAUAAAUAAUAGCAAUAACAUUAUAAGGAAUCUUUUUGCUUGCACACAUUAUGAAUGUAGUAAGGAGGGCUCGGUUAUCACCCUUUGCAUUCGUAUGGUAGUCGCUCCAGACUAUACAAACGAACAACCUCGGCGGGAACAACUUUUAAACUCGUGGCGCUCUAGCCUUCGAUUAAUGUUAGUUAUUCAAAAUUGAAUGAUAUCGAGUAAAGGAUUAAAUAUAAAGAAUUAAUUAAAACUGUAGCUGUUCAUUAGAUAAUUAUAAAGCCUUCGAGAUUACUCCAUCGUUUCGUAUAUGAUACAUUACCUUAUUUACUAUUCUAUGUACGAAAUAAUUAUAGUAUAGAGAGCAAUAAUGCUGCUGAGUUAUACUUUGAUUUCGAUCGUGGUGUGGUUUGAAGUUUAAUGUUUAACAUUUUUAUAAAAAUCUUAAUACUUCGUAAAAUAAUUUAUAGGUAAGAUGCAUUUGAAGCAAUGUUCUGUUCAGUAGCGGUGCCAUUAGAUGCGUAUUCGAAAUUCCAUACGAUAUCGGCAGAAUGUAUCGAUAAUCGUACGAUUUGUUAUGAAUUGCUCAGAGUCUUAGGCAUCAAAUCAAUUGGAAGAAAUCGUAUGUUAAUAUGCGACACUCAAAAUGUUCGGGUAAUACAAUAUUUAUUCAGUAAUAAUAAGAUGGUUGUUCGUGAGACCAUUCCAUUUUUAGGGUAAAGUGGAAGCCAAAAUGACGACUUAUUUUUCUAAACAAUUUUGUUAGAUCGCAAUUAAAGUUGUAUAGAUAAAACGUAGAUGUUUAUCAAUAUUGUAAUCGUAAGAAAUUCAGAUUUCCAAAGAUCUAAAGCUCAACUAAAUUCUUUUAGCUAGCUAACUUUUUGCAAUCGUUGAAAUAUGUAUAUUUAUGCAAAAUUACUAACUAAGUUUUACAGUGGAUCAUAGUAAUGUUAAGAAAUAAGUUGCAAUGAUAUUCAUCCGGCGUCACUCAGUAUGUACAUACUUAAUUACCAUAAAAUGUGAUAAGACUUUUAUUUGUAGUGUUUUAUAAUUAUUUAAGUACAUUAAACUUUCAUUUGUAUAAAUUUCUAAGACUUUGAAAAAUGUCGAAUGGUGCUGUCCUAAAGCAACACGUUGAUUUUCUUCUAUAAAUUUGUAUUUCAUGGUAGAGUUAUAUUUUGUACAACAAUAUCUAGUAUCGGAUUACUAAGCGUUUUUACAUUAAUUGAAUUACAAAUAAAUUUGUUGAUGAAUUAGAAAUGUUACUUUAUUUAUAUACCAUAUUCCACACAAUUAAAUGAAAAACUCUUACUUCAUUAUCUGCUUGAUUUGUGAAAUGGUGUUUUAUGCAAAAUAUUCGCCAUAUUAUUUAAAAUAUAAACGAAAAUAAUAUUCAAUUGUAUCGAAAGAUAUUCUUUUUUAUCUGUACAUAAUUUUAGUACCAUGUAAAUUAUGGAAUCUCUUUUAUUUCCAUUUAUAUCGCGUAUCUUUUUGUGCUAUUAGAACUAUUGCUGUCAGUACUUGGUUUACUGUUGCUUUUAUUUUGAAUAUUGUGUAAAUUAUUAAUGACAUGUUGUAUUAGUAAGUAUAUUAUGAUAGCCAUAAAAUAUUUGUUUUAUAUAACAUAAGUUUGUAAAUACUAUGAUUAUACAUUAAGUUUUAUACUC